AGCCGGAAGCAGAAAGCCGACUCCGCCGGAAGCGGAAGCGGCGCGUCCCCGUGUCCCUGCUCCGCUCGCCCGCCGCUUUCCGGGUUCCGCGGCCUCGGGAGCCUCUGGCGCCGCGCGGAGCCGCUGUGGCCCGGCUGAAGUAUGUCCCGGGUCCCUUUGGGGAAAGUCCUCCUGCGAAAUGUCAUUCGUCACACUGAUGCGCAUAACAAGAUUCAGGAAGAGUCAGAAAUGUGGAAAAUACGAGAGAUAGAAAAACAGACAGAAGACGUGUAUCGGGGCAAACAAAAGAGUUUGUUCUCCAAUUCUUCCAGUAGCCGGAUGCGUAGCGACGGCUUUGAUGAAGACAGCCAACACCACGACUGGAAGGUGAGGAGUUUUGCUCCCGUGUCCGUGACAACAGAAGAUGACCUCCGCCAUGCCCGAUACUGGAACAAGAAGCUCUACGAAUGUGAAGCCGGCAUGCCAGACAGGUGGGGCCACAGUGGCUACAAAGAACUGUAUCCCGAAGAAUUUGAUACAGACAGUGAUCGAGAGGAGAGAGGUGAACAGAAUUCUCUAAACGGAAAAAGGAAAUCUCAGCCCGGGAGCCGGUCCUCUCUGGAGCUGCACAAAAAGAAAAAGGCCAAAAAGUCGCACAAGAAGAAGCGGAAGAAGAAGUCGCACAAGAAGCGGAAGAAGAAGAAAAAGGAGCCGCUGAGCACGGCAUCGGAUUCUUCCCAGGGAUCUGACGGUUCGGAGGCAGGUGCUUCGGGCCCAGGGAAGCAGAGGCGGCAACGCCACAAAAAGGCCAAGAAGAACCGGGCCAAGCAGCCGACCUCUUCCUCAGGGCAGGACAGUGACUCCAGUGGCUCAGAGGACAGCGAGCCGAGGGAAAAGCCGGAGAAGCAGCCGAAGAAAAAACGAAGGAAACGCUGCGCUUCCGCCUCCGAAAAAGGGAGCGAAGGAGUGCAGGAGAAGCGCAGCAAGAGGAAGAACUGGAAAGUGGCAGCUGACGAGAAUUCGGAGGACAGCUCCGAUGAGGAUUAAUGAAAAGGGACCAGCUUACGUGAGCUUCUGUUGCAAGACAAUAGGGCUGUCUUCCAAAUGCCGUCCUUGUGGAGCAAACCCAGGUCCAAACUGGCUCUGCGGACCUUGGGAUCUAGCAGGGGGCAGUCUUUGGUCUCCUCCUGGGCUGAAGACAGCCAUGGAAAGAAAGCAGCUCUUUCCCCAGGGCCUGUUUAGCCAGUUGGAUUUCAGCCAAAUCACCGUCUAUUCAUGACUAUGUGGACCCUGAAUUACCAAGAAAUGCUCUUGGGAGAGGCUUAGGAGGGAACUUGGUGGCUUUAGGGGCCCUCUCUUGUUUUUCUUUAAAAAAAAUUAACUAUUUUUAAUGGCCAAUAUGUAAAAAAUCUAAUUGCAAUAAAUAAUGGAGAAACACCACAAA